UUUUUAUUUUUUUUUUAUUUUAUUUUUUAUUUUAUGUAUAUGAGUACAAUGUUGCUGGAUUUAGACAUACCAGAAGAGGGCAUCAGAUCCCGUUAAAGAUAGUUGUGAGCCACCAUCUGGUUGCUGGGAAUUGAACUCAGGACCUCUGGAAGAGCAGUCAGUGCUCUUAACCACUGAGCCAUCUCUCCAGCCCCUCUCCCAAGUCUUAUAAACAAACCAUUGACCGACCACUCAUUCCUCUAGGUGAGAUGUGGGGAGGGGUGGGGCUGACUAGUUUAACUGGUAACUCAUGUGUCAGCUAGCGUUCAGUAUGCAGAAGGCAGCACAGGCUGCCUACCUCCCACCUCAGCAGAGUAGUUGAAAGCUUUCAAUCGGUCAUUUUCCCAGCCUCCUCCUCAGUGAGCCAGCAACUGCAUCUGUCCAGGCAACAGGGAAAGAAUCUACUCUAAGGCAAAUGCUAAUGGCUCAUGCCCUAGUGUGCUGAAAGCACUUUCUACCAUGACCGGUUACUACUAGGACAAGUGUCACCACAGCUGAACACAGCCAACAUGGUUUAUUAAGUGUUCUUUCAAAACUAACUCGGACCUCACAGACUCCUUGAAGCGGGCUCUCUUGGGGUGUGCAAACUAACUGGCUAAGUUACUCUGAAAAGCCCCAAGAGCUUAACACAAUACACAUUUCUUGUCUGUGCCACCAGUGGUGUCCCUCGGUGAGCAAAGACAGCACUACAGGGUGGGAACUACAGAUGUAUCUAGACCAGACUCCUCCCCUCUCCCACCUCCUCAUCUUUAAGGAACUCUCCCUGCAGACUGGGAUCUAUUACUAUGUAGUCACUAUGUAGUCACUAUGUAGACUCAUAGCGAUCUGCAUGCCUCAACCUCCCAAGUGCUGGGACCAAAGGUGAGUGCUUCCAUUCCCAACUUUAAAAACACUUCACUCGGGAUGCUGGCUUACGUCUGUCACCUUGUCACAAAAGAAGAACCUCAGUUUGAAAAUCCCAGCUGGUCUGCAUCACAUUCACAAUCCACACCUCCUCAAAGAAGCCUAAUCCCUAACCACACCCAAGUCCUAAGAAAAGGACUUCGCUCCACAGCGAAGUAGUUUGGCCACAGGACAUGAAGAUGAGACAGAUGAGUGACAUCCAGACUGCGGCUCCACUUCACAAACAGAAGGUCAAGCAACACAGGUAGAAAACAGCCUGAAACCAGAGAAUGGAAGACAUGACAGCCACAAAUGAGUCUUAGGCAAAGCAACCCUAACAGUCUAUAGGGAUGCCCCAAGAGCCACACAGGAGAGUGCUCCAAGAACCAUCAGGAGAGUGCUCUAAGAACCAUCAGGAGAGUACUCUAAGAGUCAUCAGGAGGGUGCUCCAAGAGCCACACAGGAGGGUGCUCCAAGAACCAUCAGGAGAGUUCUCUAAGACUCAUCAGGAGAGUGCUCCAAGAGCCUCAUAGGGGAGUGCUCCAAAAACAGCACAGGAGAGUGCUCCAAGAGCCAACAGGAGAGUGCUCCAAGACCUUCAUAAGGGAGUGCUCUAAAAACAGCACAGGUGGGUGCUCCAAGAGCCAACAAGAGAGUGCUCCAAGAGCUGCACAGGAGAGUGCUCCAAGAGUUAACAGCAAAUUGCUCUAAGAGCUUCACAGGGGAGUGCUCCAAGAGCCAAAAGGAGAGAGUGCUCCAAGAAUCAGUGUUAAAACACAGGUGAGGGCUAUUCUCUGUACCCUAGGUAGGGCAAGAGCACAAGGCUGGCUGAGGUAUCAGCCACUCUCUUAAAGGUAUCACAUCCCAACCUGAUAGUACACCCCACCAACCACUUCUAAGACCUCCACUGCACAGGUGAAAGCCAGGUAGACGUGCAACAGUUCCAGGACCAACAGAGUUGCAUGUAGCUAUCCAGUGGUGAACUGACUGCCUACCCCCAUCCCAAAAUCAAUGUUAAACCCUUCACACCCAAGAUGACAUUAGCAGAGCAGUGAAAACACAGACUGAGAAGUGGGGUGUCUCCUAUGUAACCAGAAUUCUGUGAGAUCAUGGGGUGGAGUCCCCAUGAAUGGACUGGUAGCCUUGAAAGGGGCUGAAGGGACCAGGGUGUAUUCUCCACUAUGCGAGAAUGAAGCAGGCCAGGGGGCACCACCACACGUGGAAUCAGUUGGCAUCCCCGUCUGAUACCUCCCAGCUGCCAGAGUGCAUGUGUGGUGUUCAGGCCACCAGAGUCCAUGGUGGGGUUUCAGUUGCCCACACUCAGCACACAGUUCUUCUCACCCUCAUGGAACUUGAUCUCACACAGGUUCUCCACAUGUCCAGAGUGUUUAGUCAUCUACUGGCCAAAAGCCCCAUCAUGACAAGGGGACAGCACAGGAUGGCAAAGAUAAUCAGUACUCUGGCUUCAGAGGAAACAGAACAAACAAAUAAACAAACAAACAAACUAGAGGUUUCAUAAUGACCCUUGUAUAGUCUUAAAUCGCAAGCAAAAAAAAACAAAAAUAAAUAAAUAAAUAAAUAGAUGCAAGCAAGGCAGCCAGGGGUGGUGCAUGCCCUCAGUCCCAGCACUCAGGCAGAUCUGUGGGUUCAAGACCAGCCUGGUCUACAGAGUGAGUUCCAGAAUAGCUAGGGAGAUACUUAUACCUACCCUACCACAGACAGACAGGAAGACACACACACACACACACACACACACACACACACACACACACACACGUGUCAAGUAAUUAAAAUGGGGCUGUAGGAAAGGUCACUACGUAGACAACAUCUGAGCCAAGAUUAUUAAAAAUAAAUAAAUAAAUAAAUAACCUGGCUUAGGAGAAAAGUCGUCACCUCAACCAAGACUCACUUGAACCAACAUCUGGUCAACAUCUGGUCCCCAGGAAGUGCCUGGGGGGUUCGGGUAGAGAUGAAGGCUGCAGUGUCCGAACAAAACACGCAGGUCUCUGUUCUCAAAAAACAUUAUGUUGAGCAAGAGGGUGAGGUAACACACAAGCAAACACACAAACAAGAAAUGCUGGGUUAGUAAUUACCACAAAGGCAAGUGGCCAGACGAUGGGCAGGAGACUGCACUACAGUGAGGCACCGGGCAUGGCCCGAAUCACUGACUACGGUCAGUUAGAUCCAAACUGACCAAAAGUAGUUCAGUCACACAGACAAUGUAGAUGAACCCUCUUCGCUUGAGCAAAGGAUUACACAUUUGAGAAGGCCUGUGGUGGAAACCUUGUCUAGACUAUCACCCUAGGACAGACUGUGAGACAAAGCAGAAGCAGACUGGCCAGGCUAUGGCACCAGACCAGGAACAGAUGACAGUGUCUUGCCCCUGAAGGGGCAUCAGAAGUAAUUCAAGCAAAUGAGUGUCUUAGUUAGCAUUUGACUGCUGUGAACAGACACCAUGACCAAGGCAACUCUUAUAAGGACUACAUUUAAAUGGGCUGGCUUACAGGUUCAGAGGUUCAGUCCGUUAUCAUCAAGGCAGGAACAUGGCAGCAUCCAGACAGGCAUGAUGCAGGCAGAGCUGAGAGUUCUACAUCUCCAUCUGAAGGCUGCUAGUGGAAGACUGACUCCCAGGCAGCUAGGGUGAGGGUCUUAAGCCCACAUCCACAGUGACACACCUACUCCAACAAGGUCACACCUCCUAAUAGGGCACUGUAGAGCCAGAGUUUUGGGGCCUGAAGUGACAGGAAGAAAUGAACAGCCUAACUGUGUCAACAGUGAUGACAUACGUCACUUAGUGAGAUGCUGAGGACUGGAGAGGUAUAAAUCUGGCAGAAGAAAGGCAAGAGUUCUGUUCCAGGUGGGUGCAAUGGAGACAAUUAUCAGAAUGUGGAAAAGCCAAUGGAGACAAUUAUCAGAAUGUGGAAAAGCCAGACAGGAUUACAAGGUCAAAUCUGGGCAAGAGAGUAAGACACGCCCCCCCCCCCCCCCAGGAGUGACUGUGCAAAAGCGCAACCAUUCAAAAGACGGACUGUGAUACAGAAAACCAGAGAACUAUAUUCGUAAGAACAGCAAAACAGGAUCAAAGGGUGCACAGGAGCAGGAAAGGCGGAGGGGCAGGUGACCUACAAAAUGCAACUCAGUCAAGUGUGGUUUCUAGGCAAAUGCUGGGAACUGGUUCCUACUACAGUGGGAUGCCAGGUCUCUAGGAACUCUCUACCAGGACAAAAACGGGAAAGGGAGGUUGAGAAAUUAAAAAUAAAAAAAUAAAAAAUAAAAAUCUACCCAACCAAGUUGUGCCCCAAAAGGGAGCCUGUUGGGUCACCCAGGUGAACAGGCACAGAGAGCCCUUGGCCACUUCCUGGUCUAGCCAUCUCUACCUCCUGCCCAUCAAGAAGCCUGGGGCUGUGCGGAGCAGGGAACGCGACAGAGGAGGGUGCACAGGUCUGAGGACCCCAUUCUGCCUGGCCUACCAGCCAGAUCCCGCACGGAAGAGGGGCGGUACAAAGACCUGCAGUGGGACGCCUCCCUUAGCGGCCUUCGAUUCACAGGAGGACAGGAGGAGGAUCACACAAUCGGAGGGAGGAGGACUAGAGGGUUGAGGACUAGAGAGCUGAAGGGAGGACCAAUGGAUGAUCCAGGGACUGAAAGGAAGAGGCUCAGAGGCUCAGAGGGAGGACUGAAUGGCUGCAUAUCAGGAGGACUACAAGGUGGAGGACAGGAGAGAGGAGCAUCAGAGGACAGAGGAUCAAGGGAGGGAGGAACUGUGAGGAUCGAGGAGGAGGGGUUGGAAAAGAACAGAGGGUGAGAGGUAAGAAGUUGGAGGGCAGAGGAGAACAGAGGAUGGGGAGGCAGAGAAUUCGAGGGAGGAGGAGGAGUGGAGGACGGAGGGAGCUAGGGAGGGGAAAGGAGAAGGGCAGAGGACAACGCAACGGAGGGAGAAGGGCUGAAGGAGGAUUUUAGAUCAGAGGGAGGAGUGCUCAGGAGGAGGAUUAGAAGAACGAUGGGGAGAAGGACAUAGUAUUUGAGGGAGGAAGCAGGAUCGGAAGGACGGAGGUCCUGAGAGAAGUCGCUUACCUGCUUGAAGGUGCUGCUGAGGAAGUAAACUAGCGAGAGGCCGAAAACCAGGGCGAGCACCCAGCGCUUGCGCAGGAGCCGGCGCCACAGCAGCGCCGCCAGGUUCAGCAUCCCGGUAGGGCGCAGGCGCAGAGACGACCCCACGGCAUGACCCCUGCAAUCCGCUUCCAGCACUGCUUUACCUUCCCGCAGCCAACGCGCCGGCCACGUGAUCCGCCGCACGCCCCGCCCCACCUAGUGACGCCAACGCCAGGCCCCUCCAUGCCUCCUCGCCAUUGGUUCUGCCGGAGCCUCGGCUCUCCAUUGGCUGAAUGUGACGGCAGGGGCGGACCUUCUCGGACUAGAGGCAGGCCUCCCUGUGCGAGGGUCCUAGCGCCGAUCGCGUUCUCGGUGGCACUGCCGGCCGGAAGUCACGUGGCGCCCUGGCCACGCCAGGGAUUGGCUAGGCUGGAUUAGCAGAGGCCGUGAUUGCUGCAGUGUCUGGCAGGUCUGCUGUCUCCAAUGAGUCUCCUGUCCUGUGCUUCCCUCUGAAGAGGAGGAAGAGGAGGAGGAGGAGGCCUGCUCUCUCUGGGACCCAGUGGCCACAUCCCAUCAGGAACCCUGAGUGUCCACGGCACAUUUCGUCAGCAUGGAGUUCUGAGGUCCAUGUGGCUCCUUGCUGCGCACCAGGUGCUAAGGAAAAUGCAGAGACGCCACAGUAGCAACACGGACAACAUUCCACCUGAAAGCAGAAGUCGCAGCCAGGCGCUCAGCCCCGAGGCCAGCGUGGAUGAGGGUGGUGUAUUUGAGAGUCUGAAGGCAGAGACGGCCUCCCCUCCUGCGCUCUUCUCAGGCCUGGCAGGUGGCCUGCCUGCCAGCCCCUUCCCAGCAGGCCUGGUGCUGGGCUCCACGGCGGGUGGCGGGGAUGUCUUCAUCCCCAUGCCAGCCACCAGGGAUGAGGCCGGUGGCCGCAGCGCCGAAGGAAGCACCUACCACCACCGCCAGGCCCACCACCACUUCCACCAUGGUGCCCACCGCGGGGGCUCCCUGCUGCAGCACGUGGGUGGGGACCACCGUGGACACUCAGAGGAAGGGGUCGACGAGCAGCCCGGAACUCCAGCACCCGCACUGUCUGAGCUCAAGGCUGUGAUCUCCUGGCUUCAGAAAGGACUGCCCUUUAUCCUCAUCCUGCUGGCCAAACUGUGCUUCCAGCACAAGCUGGGCAUUGCUGUGUGCAUCGGGAUGGCCAGCACCUUUGCCUAUGCCAACUCCACCCUCCGGGAGCAGGUGUCCUUGAAGGAGAAGAGGUCGGUUCUGGUCAUCUUGUGGAUUCUGGCCUUCCUGGCAGGGAAUACCAUGUACGUCCUUUAUACCUUCAGCUCCCAGCAGCUCUACAGCAGCCUCAUAUUCCUGAAGCCCAACCUGGAGACACUGGACUUCUUUGACCUGCUGUGGAUCGUGGGGAUCGCCGACUUUGUACUGAAGUACAUCACCAUCGCCCUCAAGUGCCUCAUCGUGGCCCUGCCCAAGAUCAUCCUGGCUGUCAAAUCCAAGGGAAAGUUUUAUCUGGUCAUUGAGGAGCUGAGCCAGCUGUUCAGGUCUCUUGUCCCCAUCCAGCUGUGGUACAAGUACAUCAUGGGGGACGACUCCUCCAACAGCUACUUCCUGGGAGGAGUCCUGAUCGUCCUCUACAGUCUCUGCAAGUCGUUCGACAUCUGUGGUCGCGUGGGCGGACUCAGGAAAGCAUUGAAGCUCCUUUGCACCUCACAGAAUUACGGGGUCCGAGCCACAGGGCAGCAGUGCACGGAGGCUGGCGCCGUCUGCGCCAUCUGCCAAGCUGAGUUCCGAGAUCCCAUGAUUCUCCUGUGCCAGCACGUGUUCUGUGAAGAGUGCCUCUGCCUGUGGCUGGACAGGGAACGCACCUGCCCGCUCUGCCGCUCGGUUGCUGUGGAUACCCUGCGAUGCUGGAAGGACGGGGCCACGUCUGCACACUUGCAGGUGUAUUGAGCUAAACAUGAGUGUCUGGGGAGCCCAGCCCCAAGGAUGCCUGGGAAACAGCCUCCAGGACUUUCUCCUGCCUCCCACCACCUCUAUCUGAUGACCCCAGGGCCUCCACACCAACACUUCCUCAGCGCCCCAGUACAGUGUGUGUGUCCUACCUCACCAGAAAGGGGAGCCCUCCUCACUCAGACUUGGCUCCCCCACAGGUAGGUGAUCCGUCCCCUCUAAGUGGAGGAGUUACCCAUACAUACACAGUCUCCCUUCAUUUAACCUGCUUCCAGCCGCUGGUGCUCAAUGCUACGAACUAGUAUGAGCUCAGAGAGUACAGUCUGACCCAGGUCUGCACACAGGAGCCGAUGGGAGAACGUCCAACAUGUGAGCACCAGGCUUCACCCACCUAGCUGACCUUCAAAACAGCAGGAUGCACCAAGCAUCCCGCUCAUGCCGCCUCCUGGCAUCUCCACAUCAGCCCUAGGGUGGGGCUACUUGCUCUCUCUCACACACACACCAUUGGCAGGUGAGAAGCUUGGGGUGGCCGCCCAGCUAGUAAGGGGCCAAUGUGUCUCCAGCGCUGCCUGGUGCUGUUGCUGCAAGUGCCCCUCGCUGGCUGAGCAUCCGUGGCCUGGGCAUACAGCACAUCAGAGACAGACUGCUCUGAGCAGGCAGGCAGCGAGGUCAAAUGGCAGGAGCCAUGGACAGACUGCACCUUUGUGAUUCCUUUUCUCCCGGGAUCCACCUGGGACAGUCAGUCUCAGAAGGGUCAGCUCUGGUCCAGAGUGUAUGCCACCUGCCUUCUGUCAUUCUUCUGUCCUUAUUCUCAUCUACAUUGUCCCUCACUGACAGCUCAGGCCUGUGCAGAGCUGUGGACAUGGCUACCUCCCCCCCCCACCCCCCGGAGGCUUCAAUCCAUGUCAUAAGUGGCACACGGCUUCGGAGUGAUCCAUGUGUCGUCCCCCCUCCCCCCCCCCCUCUCUAGUGAGGUAAUUAGCUCGGAGAAACAACAGUCCUUCCAGAGUCUCUGAAAAGACUGCUUUAUAUCUUUAACUAACCGCCCGAGCGAGCGGGAACGCUGGGAGCAGAUGGCAGGUGUGCUUUCACAUCCUUCGGUCUCUAGGACACAGCUUCUUCUCCCCGCGGGAAACUCUCUGAUUGGAAACCUGGGACGAAAUAGCACAGGUGACCGCACAGAAGCCUCUGGAAUUCUGCCUGCCUCCACUGGCUCCUGACUCGGUUCUCUCACAGCCGGCAUCCGCACAACAGGCUGGCCCAAGCCACGUUUGAGAUUAGCACCAAGGGGGUUGGGGGAGGGAGAAAGGAGCCUCUGUAGAUUCAGGGUGCUCUCUCCUCCCCUUUGUAAAUUUAGGACCCAUGCCUUGGGCACCCCUGCUGGGACUUCUUCCUCUGCUUGGUCUCCAGGGCACUUUCCUGGUACCAGUAACACACCCACCCUUUCCAGGAGACCAGGGCAUCCUUCAAGCUUUGUUACUAUGGCAAUGGCCAUGAUGCUAAGCAAUCCCACUGCCUGGAUGUCCUAAGAGGGAAGGGAGGAUGGGCCCUUCUGUCCUCUCUGGUUUGAGGGGGUACCCAGGAGAGUGGUGGGACUGCCUGCAACUGGUUUUUAUCAGAGAGAUUGCUUUGCCUGAGAUGCUGUCAGCAUUGUGGAGGGGUGGGAGCUGCAGGAGGUGCACGGAAGUGUAGGGUGGGAUGGAUCAGAUGCAGCCACUGGGAGUCGGGCUUGGAAACCUGACUCCAAACUUUGUGAUGUCCCUAUACCCUGUAUCCCCCCACCCUCCAUGGAGCUACAAAACCUAGCAUGUUUCUUGCUAGGACUGAGAAAACUAACAGCAGGACUGAAGAUGUAGCUCAGUCGGUAGAGCACUUGCCUAGUGUGCAGGAAGCCCUGAGUUCCGUGGCCAGCACCACAUGAACUAGGCAUGGCAGUGCACAACUGAAUUGGCAGCGCUGGGUGGGAGAGGCAGGAGGAUUAGAAGGACAAGAUCAUUCCUUGGCCACAUAGCGAGUCCCAGGGUAGCCUGGGCUCUGUGAGACUCCAUCUUAAAAGGGAGAACAGGUGAACUAACAGUGUGGGUUACUGGAGAGUGUGCCAAGGGUUUUACACACCCCCUCCAUUACUUCUCUGACAUCUUGUAAAUAUAAUUAUAUCCCUACCACACAUGGAGCAUCCCCUGGGACAGUGAGAUGCUCUUCAGUUCCCAUCCUUCCAGGGAACACCUCAGAUGGCCAGUGGGGUUCAUCCAGUUUAGAGGGCUCAGGCAGUUUCCCAGACAGCAGGCUGUGGGAAAGUGUCCCCUGCAGUGGCGUAUCAGUCCUUUGCUUUGAGCAGGUCAGUGGAGCAUCAGGGGCCGGAUAUGGCUCCCGGUAUAUUGUGGGUCACAGACUCAAAUCCCUCUGAGUCCUCCAAGUCUUGUGUGUGUGAGGACCUGAGAUUAACAAGGUAGGGGAGGCUGGUGAGAGGGCAGAGGUUGAGAGUGCUUGGCUUGCAUCUUUAAGAGGACCCAGGACUCACACCAAAGGGCUCACAACUCCAGCUCCAGGGACACACACAUCAUUUAAAACAAAUCUUCAAGAACCAUGUGGGAAGAAGAACGGCCUGCUUUGGACCCGAGCCUAACAGGCCCAGCCUUCCAAAGGGAACGGCACAGGUACGGAGCCUUGGGACCAUCCCCCACUGCUGAAGCGGAAGUGGGCAGCGACCUGAGGUCCUCUGCUUUUGCUUUGGGACAUGUCUUUGGUGUCUUUGAGAACCUUCUGCCAAUAAACCUCCCCCAUGGAUGUAACUUGUA